UAUGCCUCGCCCGCUACAGUUUGCUCUCUUCCUGGCAGGAGCCCUGUGUGCAGCCGGCAGUCCCACGCCGGUAUCUGAGCCCAGUGGCUCCCAGGACACCUGCUCGUCUUGCGGGCUCCGGCCCCCGGAGGAGUUGGCCAAUGUGGACCAGGACUUUCUGGAGGUGGUGAAGAGACAUAUCCUGAACCGGCUCCAGAUGAGGGAUCGGCCCAAUAUCACCCAUGCAGUGCCCAAGGCUGCAAUGGUGACUGCCCUGAGGAAGCUGCACGCUGGCCGGGUGCGGGAGGAUGGCAGAGUGGAGAUUCCUAACUUGGACGGACACGGCAUGUCCAGCCCGGAGCUGCAGGAGCAGAGCGCCUCCGAGAUCAUCAGCUUUGCGGAGACAGAUGAUAUCACCGCUUCUAGAGUACGACUCUCAUUCACAAUUUCAAAUGAAGGCAACCAGAACCUCUUUGUCUUCCAAUCCAAUUUGUGGCUUUAUCUCAAGCUGCCUGAUAUGAUGGAAAAAAGUGGUAGGAGAAAAAUCCGUAUAAAGAUUCACUUUCAAGAUCCAGAAGACCCAGCCAAGAUGAACCUUGUAGAAAAAAAAGUUGACGUCAGAAGAAGUGGCUGGCACACGUUCCCCUUGACUGAGGCCAUCCAAGCUCUCUUUGAAAAUGGGGAUCGAAAACUGUACCUUGAGGUCCAGUGUGAUGGCUGUGAAGAGUUGUCCGUUAUUCCAGUGUAUGUGGAUCCAGGAGAAGAAUCCCACCGCCCCUUUCUGGUGGUACAUGCCAGAUUAGCUGACAACAAACAUCGGAUUAGAAAAAGGGGUCUUGAGUGCGAUGGGCGCACAAACCUGUGUUGUAGGCAACAGUUUUACAUUGACUUUCGGCUCAUUGGCUGGAAUGAUUGGAUCAUAGCUCCAUCAGGCUAUUUUGGGAAUUAUUGUGAGGGAAGCUGCCCAGCCUAUUUGGCUGGUGUCCCCGGGUCAGCAUCCUCCUUUCACACGGCAGUGGUAAAUCAGUAUAGAAUGAGAGGGUUGAACCCAGGGACAGUGAAUUCGUGUUGUAUUCCUACAAAACUAAGUACAAUGUCUAUGCUGUACUUUGAUGAUGAGUACAAUAUAGUCAAGAGGGAUGUGCCUAACAUGAUUGUGGAAGAAUGCGGAUGUGCAUGAUUGGAAUGCUAGGACAAUUUCCAAUUUUAUUGUGCUUCCACCAGUGGGAUUCCAUGUCACAGUGAUGUUUGAGACCAUUUCACACGUGAAACCAGUGCCAGUCUGUGGACGAUAAUCUUCACAGGCAUAAGACAUAAUUUACGAGAUUGUAAGUAAAUAUGGCCACCCACCGAGGAAGUAAAUAUUAUAUGCCGGUGAGAAUGCCAAGAGGGUUUCAUCCACCUUUCAGGCAAGUCUACCCUUUCAUGGGAUGGAAAAAAAGCACAUUCCUUUCAUACGUGACCAACUGGGGUAGCCGACCCCCCCAGAUAUGAGGGUGCAGGAUUUCUCAGCUCUUUCUGUGACCCUCUUACAGCACUUCCAGCAGGAAUGUAUACAUUGUAGCUCAGUGAAGGGAUGGCCUAAAAUAGGUCUUCUGAAAUGAAUUGUAUGUAGAGCACUGCAAGUUAGAGAUACCACAAAUGACGACAAACUAUCUGCAUGUGGUCUACUAAAUUUCCGUGGCGCCUCAGCACAAAAUUGAGGCAAUGUGCAACUUUUCUACUGUACGUACUAAUGUGACUAUGUUACAUUAUGCACAAACUUGCAAUUAUCCGAGAAGUAACUGGCAUGUAUGGGAGACAAUGUAAAGGAGAUACAGAGAUAUAUAUAUUUGUAGCCCCUUUGCUAACACAAUGGAAUGCUAUAUCAUUAUUUUUAAAAUUCGUUUUGCACUGAUGGGGUUAAAUCGAGGGGAGUAUCCAGAAGAGGCGGAGGGCGGAAGGCCCAUCAGUUCCGUGUAUGGAGUGUCAGAGGGGCUUCCAUGCAACAUAGCACUUGCAAACUGCUAGGUACUCAUUUCACACAAUGUUUGCACUUCUCACUGCCUUGAAAAAUGUUACUUGACAGUGCACUUAAAUUCACUUAACUCCUUCCCUGCUACAAAGAACACUUGGUGUAGUAAAGGGGGUUUAGCUACUUAGUGUCAUGCAAAAAAAACACAAAACAUUAUUACACACGUUUGGUACGUUAUAAUAAAUCAUGUAAGUCCAACAUGUAAAGAAAGUGUGAGAGAGCAGGCAGAACAGACUUCGUACUUCGGGUCUUGUGGGAAGGACAGCAGUUCUGCUCAGUAUUGGAAUGAAAGUAUAAGGGCCCCACUGCAUUAUACCUGUACCGCCCAGCUGAGCUAUGCAUUUCAAUGACAUCACACCAGGCGCGAUGGACUUGAGACAAAACGUAUUAUUUUAUUUUCUAAUAUAUUUUUAUACUUGAAAUAAAUUUGUUCGCUUUUCUUGCUUUUCUUAAGCGAAGGAUUGUUUGUCAUGUUUUGCACUGAAUAGAUGCAUGAAUAGUCAAAACUGCCAUUUGUAAAGAAAAUAAAUGGAUAUUUUUAUAGCAACUUAAGAUACAUUUUCAUUUGUAUUAUACAUCAUUUUGGAACCAAAGAGGCCAACAUCAUAGAAGUAAUUAUGAAGCUUUGUGGCUCAGUCAUACUGUAAAUACCUUUGGCUGCCUCUCCUGCAUCCCUUUUGGGGAAACCAAUGCAUUUUAUCUGUUCAUUUCAAGGUGUUUUUUGGUCUGUUUAAUAUGCAUAUGAAAUGUAGAACAGGAAAACUGGACUAUUGUAGCAUCAAAUAUGUGCAUUCCUAAAUUCAAUGUUUGUUUUAUUUAAUAAAAAUUCACGUUAGGUUCUGUUACAUAAUAAUAAUAAUUUAAAACCAAACUUUUUUUAUUUUCACUUAGUAAUGCUGUCGAAAGCAUUUUCUUGUGGUGUACAGUUUAAAUAAAGAAAACAUUUUAAAACAAAA